UGAGCAUAUAUAUAUAUACGAGUACAUGAUCUACUUGAAGUAUAAGGCAAGCCAAAAUAUUUAUUAGUCUAACCUAUAUUUCCUAAUACAAUCACGUUCCUCAACAAAGCCCGUGAUUAGUCUGACAAAUCAAAGAUGUUUACGUCGUACACUCAAUCCAACAACCAAGGACGGCUCGUGCAUCUUCGUGCCACAAUGCAAUCCCGAUCAGCAGUGUCCUGUACACAAACACAAUCGUGCGGCCGGGGGGCAUGGGGCUACUGAUGGACGCCUACAGGCUACAAGGAGACGCACCACUGGUCGAGACUCGAGACCACCGCGUCGCUGCUACCCAUGGAGGACCUCCUCGCUGGGAGCGGCGCGACCUGAUACACGCGGCCGAGCGACAGCCGCGCCAUGCUGCUGUCGCGCACGCGGCCUACUUCCGACCGGAUCUCGAGCCCUCCGGUGAGAAUAGACUUGACGGCGUCGGAGAUGGAAGCGGCGCCACUCGAUGCGCGCGGCGGGCGACCGCCGCCGUGCUUGCGGCCGCGCACGCAGCCUAUUCCGAGCGGCUCGGCGGGGUGAGCUACGGUGCCCUGCGGUCUGGUGCGGCAGUGGACGCAGGGAAGGUGUUUGUGAAAAUUUCAGAGAGGAGCAAGAGGGAGGUGUAUUUGCCACAUAAGCGUGUAGGCCCAUGUGGUCAGUGAGAGAAAUGAGAGAUCCCGGUCGGGAUUGUCCUUCCAAACAGGUCUCGUGUCAGUCUAGGGUAACAAUUGACCAGGAUCGAUGGGUUUAGGGUACCGACUUCAGGGAUUUAGACGUUAGGGUUUGUUUAUGUCGGGCUCUGCAACCUCAGAGUUCACAACAGACUUAACUCCCGUUGAGGUGGUGCUCGGCGGCGGUUGGAGUGGUGGCAGCUUGGUUGGCAUAGGCGCGGGUAUGCUCCGGUUGUGGCUGCGCAAUCUGAGCCUGACUGUUGGUGUCGGCGUCGCUUCCGGCAUCCCGGGCGAUGCUCCAUGGUGGUUUAUGAGAGCCGUUGUGGCUAGCUGGAGCCCUCGUUGCAGUGGUGUUGGCGUCGUCGGAGGCUGUCCACCAUGGCGGUGUGGUGGUCAUGGUGUCCUUCUUCCCUUUUGGCCUGGUUCCCCGUUGUUGAAUUCGGUUCGCAGCGGUCUGACUCCUACCUAAGAUCAGAGGUGGCGAGGCAUAAGGCUCUGGGCGAAAACCUUGUUCUUCGACAGGAUUCGUUGCCGGUGGUGCUCUAUGAUGGCAUCGUCGAAGAGUUUUCUUUUUCUCACAGGGUUGUGGUCGGUGGGUGGGGAAGCGGCGCUUGGAGGCUGUUGGCUACGCCGGACCUAACCCAAGUUUGGUGGGGUGGUCGUGCUUGGUUCUGGGCGAAAGCCUUUUAAUCGACGGUGAUCAAUGCCGGUAACAGUGGUGUCCCUUCGACAUCGUUUCUCUUUUUGAAGGCGUCUUCGAAGAUCUUGCUUAUGAUUUCUUCGGAGUGACGCUGCGUUUAGGUGGUGACGGUUUGUUUGCGUUGGCGUCGGCGGGUGUUUUUGCUUCUUUUUGUUUAUUGAUGAUUUUUGGCUUGAUUUUCCUUAUAAAUCUGUCAAACUCUGUAUUAUGCCUUUUCCUAUCUUAAUGAAAUCGGUAGAGCUCCAGCCUUUCUCGUCAAAAAAUAAAUAAAUACAUGCCACAGUUAUUCGCUGGUGUCUCAUGUGCACUAAUACCCGCAUGAAAACAAUAGGGAACUACAAAUUUGUUCUCAAGCAAAAUUUUGAGCCGAACUAUACUAAUCAUUGGAUCAACUUAAUACCACACAUUAAAUUCUGUAGUACUACGAUGUACUGUAAAAAGUUCUGUUUUUCUAUCCACAUUGAACAAAACCAGCAAGGGGGCAGCAUAGCAUGUAGUACUAAUGUUGAUAUUCUUUUUCAGGAACAGAGAGCAAUAGCAGUGUCUUGUUCUUGGGCAGCCUGCAAGCAACGGAGUGCUCGGAACAGGAAACGUCCCCGACCCAUCGAUGCCAACGAAUCAGCCGCGGCAGAAUCACAUCCGUCGGAAUCCGAAAAUGAUGGCGGCUCUACGCGGCAUAUAUCCAACACCAUGUCCAACUUCUGCGAUGGAAAGAGGAAGGCCGUCACCGAGAUCGGAUUCGGCGGAGUUCUACACAUGCCGAUGAAUGGCAAUGCCAACCUCAGGCACGCCGUGUCACUUCUCAGCAGAGUUGAUCUGAAUUCUGGAACCCUGCCCGUCGGGAAAGAUGUCAGGGUCCAAAUGAGCCCAGAGCACAUAGAGAGGCUGAUAGGCACGCCCUCGAGAGGACGAAGAGUCUGUGGACUGGACCCGGACACUCCGGAAGAGAGGACGGACUUCGUGAGGCUCGCCAUGGGCUCACAACGGUUCUACAAUGACGGGCUGAAGGCUGCCGAGCUUGUUGUCCGGCGGGAGUGGGACGGGUCGGUCACCGCCGAGAGGGUGGAGGAGUUCAAAGUAGCAUUUGUCGUCUGGAUCGUCGGGCGUUUUCUUGCUCCGUCCACGAAGCAUGAUGAUCAUGGCUGCUCGGAUUUCUGGGGCUCGCUCUACAACGCGAAUGAGAUCAGAGAAUACAACUGGAGCGCGUAUUUCCUUGCACACAUCAUGGGUGCUGCAGCAAGGGUUCAGUCAGACAUCAAGAACAAGAGGGCUACGACUGCAAUGUUGAUCAGUGGUUGCCCACUUCUCCUACAGUUGUACGACUUGUACCUUCGGCCCCUGAGAAAGCCACAAUUAGUGUCCCCUCGUGUCAAGGACUACGACAGCAAGACACUCGUCAACAAGAUGAUCAGUGCCGACACGCUACCCAAGAUUUCGGCACAAGGGGAGCCAUCCUUCGGAGCAUGUGGCCCCCGCUGCCGCGAAGAGUCAUGCUACAUGACCAUGGAUCCAGGACAACCAAGCUCAUCCCAUGUUUUGAGGCCAGGUCAGGGUGCACCCGAAACCCCCCGGGUCCAAGUAACAAAUCAAGUCCCACCGAUCCUCCAACCCUAUAAUGCAUACGACUUCUGUGGAUUUCUAAAAGGGAGAUACCCGGACAUGAUGGAUUCUGAAUUGGUAGACCAUUUGAAGUUCCACAAUGCCAGAUGCAUUCUGCACUCUAGCAUAUUCAAGAACUCUAUCAUCACCGAGAACAUGAAACUUGCGGCCAAAAUACUAGACACGCAGAGACAGCGAAAGAAGCAAGCGCCUGCCCGGGCUCGUGUUUUAGAAGACUACUUCACCGCUAGUGAUUCUGAAACCGAAGCGGAGAACAAACGAGCCAGGACUCAUGAAAAGAGCAAGCUACCACCUCUUUGCCGCCAUGUCGUCCAACGCCUCCACCUACUCCAACCUCUUCACCGUCGACCCCGCGGAAAUCCGCGACAUCAACGUCCAUGCACGCGUUCCCGUCGUCCUCGACGCCUCCAACUCCACGUACUUCACGUGAAAGACGUACUUCACGCUGCUCUUCCGCGAGAACAACCUCGUGGAUCACGUGGAUGGCACCGUUGACUCUCGCGCCAUGGUGGCUGACGCUGAGUGGACCGCGAUCGAUGCCACCAUCAUCCGGUGGUUCUUCACCACCAUCUCCAAGGACCUGUUCCACACGGUCGUGAGCGUCGGCGACGACGCCCGCGUCUUGUGGGUCAAGCUGAACGGUCUCUUCACCGACAACAAGCUUCAGCGCCGCGUUUUUUUGCAGCAGGAAUUUUUUGACUGUCACCAGGAUGAACAGUCCAUUGAUGACUACUGCCGCCGCGUGAAGACAUUGGCGGAUGAGCUCCGCGACAUUGGCGCCAAGGUUGAUGACGACCUCCUCCUCAGCACGCUCACCGCCGGCCUCAACGAGGACUUCGGCAACGCCGCCUCCAACCUCACCUUGAUGCCGGAGCCCUCCUUCCCCAAGUUUGUGGCGUACUUGCGGUUGGAGGAGCGCCGGAUG